AUGACUACAGACAAACUGGUGGCCAACAACACAGGCAAUUUAGUGGAAUUGAAAAGCUCUGUCAGUCUGUUUUGUUCUUCCUCUGGCUCCUCCCUCUCUUACCGCUGGCUGAAUGGCAACUCUGAAGUCACAGCCAGUGAUGGAAUUCAGCUUGGUGAUGGGAACAGCACUCUCACCAUAGUCAAUGUGACUCGAUACAACGAUGGGCAGUUUAGCUGUAAUGCUUUCAACGCCGUCAGUAAUGGAACCACUGAGCCUCUACAUCUCAAUAUCAGCUAUGGUCCAGACGGUGUGUCCUUCACAGUCAACAGGCUGAACACCACUACCUCUUUCCUGAUUGGGUCUACUCUGACCAUGUCCUGCUCGGCCCAGUCCAACCCUCAGGCUGAGUUUCAAUGGGCUUUCAAUGGGAAGCAUCUGAAUGGGACAAGUCCAGAUCUGAAGCUAUACAGUGCUGUGGAGAGCCAGAGUGGCCUAUACUCCUGCCUGGCCUUCAACAACAGAACCAUGAGCAACAGCAACGUCACUAGACAGAUCACCAUCAGCAGUGGGUCAGUGUCAGUACAGCUGGGGGUCAGUGUCUGGCUCCUCCUCCUCCUCUCCUCAUUGGCUGGGGUCCUCUUCUGAGCUCCAAUGGGCAAGCAUAUCUCACUGACUGGAAAAUAACACACAGGCCAAAUAAUGCAUUCAGUUAAAUGAACCCAUAAAAUAUAUUUAUUCAAACAUUCAUUUAAUUGACUUAGUGCCAUGGGCCAGGGCAAUGUGAAUAUAUUAUGUAAUUGACUGAAAAAAAAAAGAGUUUUAUAAUAUGGUGAAAUAAUAUCCUAGAUAUUGAUGUAACCGAACAUGGUCACUCUUGUGCAAUGUCAGACCACAGUGUGCAUCCUGUGAAAAAAAAGUAUAAUGGCUAUGAUAUCAGGAGGGUGUGUGUUCCCACUGGCUUGAAAUACACUGAGUAUACAAAACAUUAGGAACCUGCUCUUUCCAUGACAUAGACUGACCAGGUGAAUCCAGGUAAA